AUGGUCAAACUACAUGAUUUCCCCACCGAACUUCUCGCACACAUUGUCUCCUACGUGGGAGUGGACGGUCCCCUCGAUGGAUCCCCGUACAUCGGAGGCUUGAAGGAUGACUGGGAAUCUAUCGGCCAUGAUGAGGAAGUUGAAAUAGAGGCCUUGUGUAGUCUCUGCCUGGUCUCACGCAAAUUCCGUGCCUUGGCACAGCCUGUCUUGUUCGAGCACUUCGUUGAGGAACAUUGGUUUGGGGAUUACCAGACUUUGGUCACUUUUACCAGAACCGUCACCCUUCGACCGGAUUUGGGAGCAUGCGUACGAACGAUUGAUACUAGGUCUACUGGGUCGGAACGACCCCCCAUGGGCAUGCCGGGCAUGCCACACCCACUCAGUAUCAAGUCCGAGGAUCUAGAGGUGUUCAAGCAGGCCGUUCGGGACCUUCAGGUGAGCAGCGAAGAGCAAGCCAGAUGGUUCAAGGCUGUCGAAAAUCGCGAUUUCAGCGUGUUCAUGGCUCUGCUGCUUAGCAAAACUCCAAAUAUUCAUACCCUCGUUCUUCCUGCGGGUGAAUUCUUCGUGAAACCCGUAUCCCAUCUUUUUACCCAGAUUCCGUCGUUUCUGUCAAAGCUCAAGUCCAUCGUUCUUGCUGGUGACUCGCUAUAUUCCGGGUACGAUAUAGCCAUCUAUCGUGAUUUCCUUUCUCUUCCUCUGCUGAAAGAUGUGAUUGUGGACUAUGGCGAUCUUGUCGAGGCCAAGUGCCCCUCCUUCGCGCCGGGAUCACUUCCCAUUCAGUCGCUUUUCUUCAAAUUGUGCCACAUAGAUGCUGGCAGCAUGCAGACACUCGUUAGAGGCUGCAAAGAGCUAACGUCGUUUGCGCUCACGAACUUCGCACGGAAUCCACGACACGGAAGAUACGAUCAUGGCGAUAUCAAACAAUUCAACGCCGCCCAGCUUCACACAGAACUCCUGGCUCACAAAGACACCCUGAAGAAACUUCAUUUCGAAGAGAACUACCCGGAUUCCACAAAGAUUGGCUCUCUCCGCGACUUCCCCGUUCUCGACCAGAUCUCGAUCCAGCACCAGUUGCUUCCUCCCAAGCCCCAAUUCCCGCCGUCCUUGAAAACUCUUUUCAUCACAGACUGCAAUACUUCAAUCCGAGACAUGGCCCAGCAUAUCGCAGACGACUGCUGA